UCAAGUGGUUUGGAGCUUUGGACCAGCAGUAGGUUUCCCGGUUCCGAGCCUCAGUUUCCACCGCUAAGAAACGGAUCACGAUAGUACAUGACUUGUUGUGCGGCUCGUGUCUUAUAUUAAGGAUUGUCAGGAGCCAUGCUGUCAGAAGUCCUGCUGGUGUCUGCUCCAGGGAAAGUCAUCCUUCACGGAGAGCACGCCGUGGUCCACGGCAAGGUGGCACUGGCUGUGGCCUUGAACUUGAGAACAUUCCUCCGGCUUCAGCCCCACAGCAAUGGGAAAGUGUGCCUCAACUUACCAAACAUUGGCGUCAAGCAGGCCUGGGAUGUGGCCAGGCUUCAGAUGCAGGACACGAGCUUUCUGGAGCAAGGUGACGCCACGGUGCCCACUGCAGAGCAAGUGGAGAGGCUGAAGGAGGUGGCGGGCUUCCCCGAGGACGGCACCAGCCCCGAGCGCCUGGCCGUUCUGGCCUUCCUCCACUUGUACCUGUCCAUCGGCCGGAAGCAGAGGGCCCUGCCCAGCCUGGACGUCAUGGUGUGGUCACAGCUGCCCACUGGGGCCGGCCUGGGUUCCAGCGCUGCCUACUGUGUGUGUAUGGCCGCCGCUCUCCUGACUGUAUGUGAGGAGAUCCCAAACCCACAGAAGGACGGGGAGUCCGCCGGCAGGUGGACCGUGGAGGAUUUGGAAUUAAUUAACAAGUGGGCCUUCCAGGGGGAGAGAGUGAUUCAUGGGAACCCCUCCGGAGUGGACAACGCCGUCAGCACCUGGGGAGGAGCACUCCGAUUCCAACAAGGAAAGAUUUCCUCCCUAAAGAGGCCACCGGCUCUGAAGAUCCUGCUGACCAACACCAAAGUCCCUCGCAGCACCAAGGCUCUGGUGGCCAGUGUCAGGAGCAGGCUGCUUAAGUUCCCGGAGAUCGUGACGCCCCUGCUGGCCUCCAUCAACGCGAUUUCGCUAGAGUGCGAGCGGCUGCUGGGGGAGAUGGCAGCGGCCCCGGCCCUGGAGCACUACCUCGUGCUGGAAGAGCUCAUCGACAUGAACCAGCACCAUCUGAAUGCCCUUGGCGUGGGCCAUGCCUCGCUGGACCAGCUCUGCCAGGUGACCAUGGCCCAUGGACUGCACAGCAAGCUCACUGGCGCGGGUGGCGGUGGCUGUGGCAUCACGCUCCUCAGGCCAGAUCUGGAGCAGCCAGAGGUAGAGGCCACGAAGCAGGCUCUGACUGACUGCGGGUUUGACUGCUGGGAAACCAGCAUCGGGGCCCCCGGCAUCUCCAUCCACUCGGCUGCCUCCCUGGACGUCCCUGUGCGCCAAGCCCUGGUUGGUCUCUGAGAUGAGCCCGCGCCGCUGCAGCCCCACCAAGAAGCGCCUUCCUGGGGUAUUCUGGGUGCCGGAGUUGGCUUCGGGGCUGGCCAGUGGGCCCCAG